AUGUUAGUCUAUCCUGAUGAGCUAGUACAUUUACUACUAGAAGACAUAGCUUAUAACAAGGGGAUAAUACGGCUUUCUAAGCUGUGGGAGAUUACCAGCAAUUACGUUGAACUGAAGGAUCAUAGCGUAAAAGAAUUCGUGUUUUGUUGUUUGGUAUCUAGUCCCGACGUCGUCCUCCUUCAAGGUGGAGAACUAGUUCAAAAAUCAUACGUUGAAGUCGCAUCUCAUGAAGAGGAUUUCUCUGUGUCCAUCACAGAAGAUAAGCUGUGGAUUGUUCUGACCGGCUAUACCAAAAAAGAAUCAAAUAUUGGUGGCCAUGCAUUCGAUCUUCUACUCGAAAUAGCAAAAUCGAAGGAUCGUGGUAUCAACACGAAAGAUUUGGCUAUGGCGACGAAUCAAGAUCCAAGAAGUAUAACUGGGCGGAUCAAAAAGCUUUCACAUUUGAUUUCUUCUGCUCAGAUGAUCUAUAAAGGACAUGUUGUCAAGCUUCUGAAGCUUCAAAAGUACGCUCAAAGUGGGACUCCGGUCAAAAUGUAUGUCAACAUGAGAGAUCAUCUCUCUGAAAUUGUGCAGGUUGUCAAAAAUUCAAAGAAUGGUGUGCGGCAGAUUAUUGAUUUGAAAAGAGAGUUUAAGUUUGAUCAAGAUAAGCGACUGUCGAAAUCAUUCAUUGCGGCCAUAAGUUGGCUUGACGAAAAAGGAUAUUUGAAGAAAGUUAUUGUGGUAUCACCAACGAAUCCAUCAGUGAAGAUCCGCUGUGUAAAGUUCAUCCGCGAUUAUCUUCCUGAGGAAAAAGGUGCUAAUGAUUUCGAGAAUGACUCGGAUAGCGGUGAGGAUGAACCUUUAGGUGAGGAAAAGGGUGGCAUGGAUGAUGAUGAUGCAUUUGAAGGCUUGGAUAGUUUUAAUGCGACAAGCCUACUUCAGGAACAAAAUCUGAUAGUGGAAGAACAGAUAAACACUGGAACCAGCGACAUAUCAAUAAACCGGUUUUAUCCAAUACAGAAUCAGGCGUAUAAUCUGGCUGACGAAUCAGGCUUAGUAGGUAUCUCAACGAUGCAAAUGGUCAGCAGGUUGACGGGCAAAGAUUACAAAAGAGCUUUCACCAAAUCCAGCGAAUAUUAUGUGGAGAAUGCCGGCAGCAAAAGCAAGAACUCGAGCUCGUGCGGCAUAGUGAAGGUUUACGAUUUUGAGGGCAAGAAGAAGUUCUAUAGACUUUUCACUGAAGACAAUUUCGGUAAAUUGAUGGACGUAAAUCACACGACUAAAGACAAGAAUCUUCCAGUAAUUGGCAAUAGCCGAGAAGACCUCUUCUCACUCAGUAAGGCGAAGUUCGUUCCGCUUAACAAUACUUUGAGAUUUAUUAAGGAUGGUGAACUUGAUCGCUUUUUCUGGAAUGGAGAGCUCAAGGUUUCUGCUAACCCCAAUGCGCCCACUAGAGGCCGCAAACGGAAGCAGCAAGAGAUCAUGGAAGGUGAGCAUCGCAGUACCGUUACCGACGAAGUAGAUGUAAAGCUGAUAAAGCAAGAUGCAAGGCAAGAGGACAACAUUGUUAGCGCAGACCGGGCGGAAGAUCCAGUACAUGAUGCUUCGACUGUCGGUGGACAGGCGCCGAACAAGGAUGGCAAAUUAGACAUACUUACGGUAGGUGGAUUUUCUGCAAAGUCUCUCAGAUCGCUGUGGAGACAACGAGCCAUUUUGGAGGUUGUGAAAAGAGCUGGCGGUGUGACCUACUUAAGAGAGCAGUUUUUCGAAAACGUUUCGUGCUUCAUGGGUUCUCAAACAAUGAUAGACAAGAAAACAGUUCGUGGUGAUGUGAGCCUAAUGGUCCAAUGCAAUAAGCUUCAUGAAAAAAUUGAGCCAACUUCUGGCAGGCGUAUAAUAUUUCUACCUGAUAUUGAAGAUGAAGUUGUUUCGCGUUAUGUUGUGGAGAACAAAGAUAAUAAAAAGGCUGCAUUUGCGGAUGUCAUCCACAACGCUGACUUGUAUUUCUUCGAUCAGACCGAAAAGAAUAAGUUCCACACUGGCGUCAAGUCAGCAAAGAGAGUCCGCAAAUUUCAGGACUUUGCAAGGAAUGUCGAAAAAGAGCAACAGCAGUCCAAGGAAAGUAGAAAACCCAAAGGGCGUAUUCCUACUGAACGGAAGCAAGUACCCAAAAUCACGUCAGCCCGCAAAGCUGAAAAACCACGAAAGGAUGUUAAGGAAGGAUUUACAAGUGAGAAACAAGAAUCCACCAAAACAAAAGGUUCCUUCCAUGUAGGCAAUAAGGAUGGAGCCAGAGCCUUGAUUAGAGCUGUCGUUAUCUCGAAAAGUAUCAAGAAUGAGAUUGUGUGGGAGAAAAUUACAGGCCUUUUUCCUCACAAUUCUUUAGAAAAUCUAAAGAAGCAGUGGACUGUUCGUAGGGUCAGAAUGGGUCACAAUGGAUGGAGGGCGCAAGUUGAUAAAUGGCAGAAGAUUUUACUGAGUGCUAUCGAAGAUGAAAAAGCGACCUUAGAGGACGCAGAAAAUUUGGACUUGCUUAAACUAAUUGGUAUAUGGAAGGCUUCAGACGCUCACCAUAGCAGAAAACCAGUGUCCUUGUACAGGGACUAUGCGGAGAAUAGAAGAUGCUAUACGUUUGUUAAACGUAGGGAGCAUACUGUUGCGAGAGUGGGGCUUGCAAUGUCUUCUAUGGUUCAAAGAGAGACAUAUCUGCUCAACAAAGUUUACAUGUAUGAUCCGAAAGAACAGGCAUUAGCCAAUGAGCAGACAGUCGAGGACGAUACUAGAGCUAUAAUCAGAUCCAUAUUAUAUGACACUUCGGCGAUUGCUAAGGAUGAGGUAUCUGCCUUAAAAACGAUUCCCAAAGAAACUAUUGAUAAAGUUAUUCUGGAUAUGGCUAAAGAGAAACAGGUUUAUUUUUCAGGGUCAAAACUGGAGGCUACCACUUUAAUCCAAGAUCUUUUGUCGACGGAGGGAAAAUACCGGGAUAUGAAUGAAUCGGUCCGUUAUAAGGAAAAGCUAAGUGAAAUGUUUGAUGCAGGUUACGGGAUUUCAAUAAACAGCGAAAUUUCAGAUGUCGCCUCCUGGGUUUUGAUUGAUUUGAUCUCGGAAAGAAAAUUAAGCAUCGAUGCCGUAACGAUAAUGGAAGACAUCAGUCCUUUUAGCUACACGACCAGGAGGUUUGGUGUUGGGGCGCUGACUCCGCCUCUUAUUUUGUCGCUUAAUGCUCGUGAUUGUUUGUUCACUAAAUCAAAGCAAGUGGGUGUUCCUAGCGGUACACCGAACUCGAGACUAUGGAUUGACGGAGAGGGCUGCAUUCGCGAUAACGUUUGGAAAGCGCUUGUUACUAUGAUUCUCAAGCAAAUACUUUUUAGUCCAGGGAUAAGCCAAGAUGACCUUAUACAAUACAAUAACCGCAUUUUAUCGAUUAAAGAAAUGUCAGAAAUCUGUGACUGGUUGGAGGCCAGAGAGAUAAUAUACAAAAUGUCAUUUAAAGGCUACGGAGCAAGAAGUCAGUGGUAUAGAGUGUUUGAUUGA